AUGAACGCGUCCGUGUCGGAGGUCGCUACGACUUCCCCACGGCAUACACCACAUCUCUGUAAUACGCAUCAGAACAAGAACGUCUUGCAAGAAACGAAGUCGAAAUCCGCUUCGUUUCAGGACAAGCAGAAGCCACAAAAAACUUAUCCCAAGUCAACGUCGAAGGUACCAGCCAGUAACGUGGAUACUGCUGCCCCUGUAGGUGAUUAUCGCAACGCGUUGUGGUUCAAAGAGGGAGAAGGCGACCUGUUCUUUGCUCAGUGGCUGUUGUCUCGCUGUAAUGGCGUGGGGGACGCCAUGACGCCCCAGUUUGCAGACGCCACCAAGCGGGUCUUUGCGCUGUUUAAAAUCCAGCGAAAACUACGUGAGGAGCUCGCUUUGAGCUCAAAGAGAGAGGUUCCAGAGGAGGUUGAUGAUGCCGAGGAAGAAGAACACGAGGUGGAUAUUGAGAAACCUUUGUGGUCUGUGGAGGAGAUUGUAGAACAGGUGGGGUCUGUGCUGAGAGCCUCGAGACUGAAGCAGCAGAAAGCAAAAGAGAAGGCAAAUACGAAGCUAGAAGGGGCUCUGGAGAGGAUCGUGGUGGCUGAAGUGGUGGAAAAUGCCACGGAACUGAUACUGAGCAGAGCCAUGAGCGACCACAAGGAGUUGCUGAGACGAUGGAUUGAAAUCCUGAAAGAGGAUGAAACUGGAGUGGACAAAAUGGAAGCAAACCUGCUGGAAGUUAAUCUCAACAUUAACCGAGAUGUCGAGGAGACUACAGCCCAGAAGAAAAAGAAAAAAUGCGAGAAAACAAUGCGGUUACGCAAGAAUAAGUCGAGACAGGCGAAAGAAACAGCCUGUGAACAGGUAGAGUCGUUCCUGAAUUUUAUAAUGGAGUCUGAGCAAACGCAGACACUGGAUGAAGCUUCUGUAGCAGAGUUAUCUUCAGUAGCGAAAAAGAUGUGGUCUAUGGAGCUGCAGCGAAUUAUGGAACUCUCGAGUAUUGAUCCAGAGGAGGAAGAGCGGCGUCUACGUGUAGCACGUGAUAUUCAGACUGUUCUUCGACGGGAAGUGAGCAAGUGGCGGCAUUGUGAGGUGGUUCUGUUUGGUAGCUCUGUGAGUCGCUACGGCUCGCGAAGCUCGGAUCUGGAUAUGUGUCUUUUACCUAAUGGCCGCAGUAUCGGGAAAGAUGUAGAUCCACCGCAAGAAGUUGUAGGGACACGUCAGCUUCAGCGCUUGAUUGACGAAAGUCUUGGUGAAAACGGGCAUGAACCAAGCACAAAGUCUGGACUUGCUGAGCAGUUGAGAGGCCUACGCGCACAGGUACAAACGAGCACCGAAAAGCUCGCGCAGGCACUCAACACACUGGAUCGAUCCAGUAAGAAGGAUAGUAAGACGUCCAAGCAGCGCAGUCAACUAGAGUUUUUCUAUACUCAAAUGCGGUUACUGCGCGACGCUAUCGUGUCUGAGCUCACGAAGUUGCUUGGAGUCGAAGAGCCUUUCGAUGUUGCCUGUACGAAUGGUAAGUCUGCACACUUGAAAGCAACUAUUGCUGCCAGCAGACGUCGCAGUGAAGAUCUUUACCUCAUACGAUUCAUUUUGCAGCGAGCUGCAAAGUGCGAAGUGCGUCAUGUGAUAUCUGGCGCCCGGGUCCCUAUCAUCCGCUUCUUGCACACACGUAGCGGUCGUGACUAUGAGUGUGACUUGUGUUUUGAAAACGUCUUGGCUACACGCAACACGCCACUUUUGCGAGCGUACGCAUCCUUCGACGAUCGUGCACGCACUUUGGGGCUUGCUAUAAAGCACUGGGCGAAGCAACGCGAAAUUAAUGAUGCCUCGAUAGGAUGCCUUAGCUCUUAUUCAUUCGUGCUGCUGUGUAUCUUCUACCUGCAGGUGGUUCAAGUGCUUCCAAAUCUGCAAAAUCCUAGGCUGUUGGAGUACGCAUGCGUUCAACCAGUUUACUACAACGACAUCAACAUCGCCUUUUGCGAGGAUCGCGAUCUUGCUCAAGCUUACCAUCAGCCUACAUCAGCGAGAGACCCAUCAGAUAUGUCGAUGACAACUUUGUUGGUUGGGUUCUUCGAGUUUUACGCUACACACUUUGAUUUUGCAAAGCGUGUGGUGACUGUGCGAUCACCAGAGACACCAGCACUAAAACUUCAGCAAUGGGGUAGUCGCAAGGCCAAGACGUGGCGUAUGAGUAUUGAGGAUCCCCUGGAAACUGGGCGUGAUCUAGGUUGCGUUCUACAGUUCAAGGGGCAAGAGAGAAUCAUUUGCGAGUUCCGUCGCGCACACAAAAUGCUGGUUCAAGGUAAGAGCUUUUCCGAGGAAGUUUGCGCUGUCGAGAAACCCGCUGGUAGAGUGGAAAAGGCGAAGCAAAUGAAGGAAGAUGUUUUGUCAGCAAAGAGGGUGCAGAGCAUACCAAGCCAGCAACAGGCAGGCAAGGUAAAGCGGUCGUACAUACUGACGCUGCGAAGCGCUGACGAAGAAUUGACAGAGGAGACGAUUGAGCUGUUUUUCAAAGGUUUUCAGAAAUCGUUUCGUGUCGGCAAGGUGGUGGAAGCAACAACUCUCGAUUCUACUACUGACGAAACUGUCGAUGCUGGAAAUAAGAACAAGCGGUGGGAGGUUGAAGUGUUAACGCAGGCAGAAAAAUGUCCUCGGCCUUUGUCUUUAAGAACACGAAUCGAUUGGAAGGCGUCCGAUGGUCGCGAAGGUUGCGUAUGGCUUCAUCACCAGGCUUUAUUCGCAACACCACCCUGCCAAAAGUGUCUGUCGCCCGAGCAUCCAACGAGCAAGUGUCUGCUGGAAGAUUUCGACGAAAUCGACAGCAAUGAAGGUGCAGCUGCAGGCGACAGAGGUGAGCCCCGAAUUGAUUACAAGGCUAAAAAAAAUAUUCGUCGACACGUUCUCCGUCUGAAUCUGGGUGGGAAUUCUUCCGCUACUAUUUCGCAACGGAAGGACCGUCGCAAGAAGCAGCAACAGCAUCCCAUGGGCAAAACAAAGCCUAGUACCAAGCGCAGCAUGAAUCCGACAGCCAAAACGGAAGUUUGUGGUCUCAAGAAAAUUGAGACGGAGCCAUUUAAUGGGCGUCAUGUCGAGGUUGUUGCAUCGCCAUCACUGGCUACACGAGGCAAAGGUGAAGGUGACAUUACAAGCAAGGCGACCCACAAAAAGAAAAAGUGGCAACAGCGAGGUCAUCGUAAAAGAGGAAACUCAAAAGGGGACAAGAAAAAUGCUGUAUCGAACGGCCUGUAA